CAGCCAUGGAGCGUGAGUUCGUUGAGGAAGCCCUUAGCGUAUUAGAAGGUACAACAGGUAGCAAUAGUAGUUCUAGUGACAAUUGUUUAGCAAGAUUUAUAAAAACUUAUGAAUCUUCACCUGUACUUUGGAAUAGAUUGGAUCCCAAUUAUAUGAAUAAGUUAAAAAAACGAAAAGCUUUGAAAAAACUUAAAGUCAUUUACCGAGAAAUAAGACCUCAAGCCAAAGUAAGAGAUGUUGUUAGAAAGUUAAACACUUUACGUUUUAAGUAUAGGCGAGAGCUCUGCAGAAUCAAGAAUGAAAUGAAAAAUGGAGGAGAGGAAUUUUACGGACCUAAUUCAUGGGUGCUUCAUUCCUUGAAGUUUUUAGAUGUUCCACAAGAGAAGGCUCUUUCGAUCAACUCAAAUGAAGGACAAGAAGAACCAGAAGGUGAAGGAGUGAAUCAUUUUAAUUUUCUACAACAGUCAGAUUCCUUGUCAUCACUCACACCUUAUCAUCCUUCAUUUAUAAAAGAAAAUGAAUAUCAAAAUCUCAGAUCCAAACAGAACGAACUCCUUGAAUUAGCUUGCGAUUUUCUUUCGAACAAUCACAAUGGAGAAGCCUACGAUCAAUGCCUACUGUUAGGAAAGAUCUGGGCGCAUAAAUUGAGAAACCUUCUGCCAUUAGAUAGAGAAAUAGUAGAGAAGAAAGUUAGUGAUAUCUUCUUUAAGGCAGAAACGGGAGUCCUUCUUAAUGAUUCUGUUGAAACCAACGUUAACAGAAAUUCGACACCAGCUCCCUUUGGCUCAUCGUCAGACUCAGCUGAAAGUGAAACAAAUUACUUAGAAACUUUCACUGAUUUGUGAUAUCGUAAUAUAAUAUUAAAAAUCAUAAAUAUUUGUAUAUAUUAUAGUUUCUGAUAUGUUCUACUCUUAGUUAAAUUUAUUAUAUCAAGUAUUUUGCCUUGUGAUAUUUAUGUGUAGUAAAACAUCUAUAGAGAAAUGAAAAAAAAAAUCAUGUUGCAUUAAUAUUUUGUUUUUUAUAUUAUGUGACAAAAUCAGUGUUACUCCUUUAUUGUCUACCUUCAGGGUAAAAAGAAAUCAAUGGAGUCACUGCUUAGUUUUUAUAUAAAAUUUGUGACAUGUUUUUAGUUUAUCAAGGCACACAGCAGACAUUUCAACCUGGAUUCUAUGAAACUUGUAAAACUUUUUCUUCGAAUGAGGAAUGAAGAUAAAAAUUAAUGAGAAA